UUCAUACCCCCCAGUUCUAUUCGAUUCUCUCUUUCUUUCUCCAUUUCUGCUACAACCCAUUCUUCCACUGCCGUGACUUAACCGAGUCCUUGCUGGGAGUAUGAUAUACCGGCAGCAACCGAACGGGGCGGAGCCGGUUUCCUCGGAAAACCCCAGCGCAUGGAUGUUUGAUGAUUAUGGUUUGUUAGACGAUCUUCCUUCACUUGACCCGUCAACCCCUAUCUGGUCAUCUAAUUUCCUCACUUGCUCUAAUCCUCUCAGUGCAGAAUUUAAUGAAUCAUUUGGGAAUUCCGACAAUCUUAUCGAAACAGGCUCCCGAAAACGGGUGAGGUCUGGAACAUGCCGUGCAACUGGCUCCAAAGCUUGCAGGGAAAAGAGGAGAAGGGAUAGGUUAAAUGACAGGUUCCUGGAAUUGGGUUCUAUCCUAGAUCCUGGAAGGCCUCCCAAAGUAGACAAGGCUCUUAUAUUGGUUGAUGCUGUUCGAAUGGUUACUCACUUACGGGAUGAAGCCCUGAAAUUGAAGGAGUCGAAUGAGAGUCUGCAGGAGAAGAUUUAUGAGUUAAAAGUGAGCUCGGAUUCACUGUUUAUUUGUUACAUAUUUUAUUCAUUAGUUGAAAAGAAUGAACUUCGGGAUGAGAAACAGAAGCUGAAGGCCGAGAAAGAGAAUCUUGAGAGGCAAGUCAAGGCCAUGGGUUCUCAUCCAGGAUUCCUAUCCCAUCCUGCUGCUAUUCCAACUCCAUUUACUACCCCAGGCCAAGUUGUCAGUGGGAAGCCGGUGCGCUAUGUUGGUUAUCCCAGAGUUUCCAUGUGGCAGUUCUUGCCUCCUCCAGCUUUCGAUACAUCGCAGGAUCAUGCUCUCCGACCUCCGGUCGCGUAAGUUGGCAGCCUGGUAUUGACUCAAAGAAGCAAUUAUCAUUUAU